GUUUUAUUUCCGGGUCUCUUUCUCUAGCGUUGCAAACAUGGCGACUGAAGGAGAUGUGGAUUUGGAUUUAGAAACUGAAGAAAACUGUACUGGGAAACAAAUAGAAAAGCCUCGCAAACAUGACAGCGGUGCUGCAGAUUUGGAGAGAGUCACCGACUAUGCGGAAGAGAAAGAAAUUUCCAGUUCCGACUUAGAAACAGCCAUGUCAGUGAUAGGAGACAGAAGGUCACGAGAACAGAAAGCCAAACAAGAGAGAGAAAAAGAGUUGGCCAGAGUCACCAUCAAGAGAGAAGACGUUGAAUUAAUUAUGUCAGAGAUGGAGAUUUCAAGGUUGGCAGCAGAGCGCAGUCUGAGGGAAAACAUGGGCAAUGUGGUGGACGCGCUCGUGGCGCUGACCAGCUGAGGACACACACACACAUACAGGAUCACUUCUUAGCAGAAUUACAAGCAACCUUUUUCUUUUUUUUUUCAAAUAAAAAAUAUUUCAACAACUA